AUGCAGGAAGGAGUUCCCAAUCGGAAGGUUAUAGUUCACCAUAAAAUGGUGGGGAUGCCAAUUUUUGACGACCAAUUUGUUUGUGACUCCGGUUUAGAACUUUAUGCGGUAGUUCAAAAAAUUAUAAAUUCUCAUGGUGGAACAACCGGUGAAGGGUUUCGCAUGUGGCUUACUCGUGUUGAACCAGGGCUUAUUGUUCGAAAUUUCCGUCAAACAAUUCAUGAAGCCUUUUCAUUAGAACAUGAAGUGCCAUUAGGAACAUCUGUAAUAGGUGAAACUGCUGAUUAUAAUGUAACUGUUUAUUAUGAUUUUGGUUCUCUUGAAACUUCGUGCCCUUUGCUGAAAUUACAUGUGGGGUGA